AUGUCUCACCCACGAAGGCCUGCUGCGACCUCGCCCAAGAGAGAAAACAGGGGCUCCCCAUACAGAGAAUCACCAUCAAGACGGGCUCGUCCCAACGACAUAGAGGCAGCUCCAUACCGUGAUGCACCCGGACCCCGAACCCCAAAACACCGACCCAAGCAGCAAGCCUACAUGCCCGCGGAGCCUUCACCUUCGAGAACACUGAACGACGACCAGCAUGAUGGGGCAGGGGCCGAUGUCCAUAGGAAACGCAGUCUCAUUCGACCGGAGCGAGGUCGCAUAGACCGAGAUCAUCCCAACUUUCACUAUCGCCAGCACGCUCAGAACAUGACCGUUUACCCUUCAACCACUGGUAAUGACCCGAUUGUUGAGGACGAUGAUGACGAGGAUGAGGCCGAAACCCUGAUGACCGAUGGGAGAGAUGGCAAGAGACUGGCUCGGGACGAGGCAACUGUGGCGGCAUCUCCAGAAAGCCCUCAACGUGGACGUACACGAGAACUCGCUCCCGUCGUUGGGAACGGCAAUAGGAAAUUGAGGCGGAAGUUUGCGCGGAAGGAGACGAAAGUCAUGACCGAGGAAGAAAAGAGGAUGCAGAAAGAGCUGGAUGCGGUGCGGCCACCGAGUCUUUGGAACGUCUACUGCGCAAUGGUGACGUUUUGGUGCCCAGGGUUCAUCCUCAAGUGUUUUGGAAAACCUGCAAAGGCCCAACAAAGAGCUUGGAGAGAAAAGAUGGGACUCAUAAGCAUCAUCUUACAAAUCUGCGGCUUUGUCGGAUUCCUCACUUUUGGUUUUACGGAAGCUGUGUGUGGCACACAGAGUGUUAUGCUCCGAGUCAACCAUGUCGACAAUGGGUUCAUGAUCUUCCAUGGGAGUGCAUACAAUCUCGAUAAUUCCAGGCAUCCAGCUGCUCGCGGGAUCCUCCUCAAUCAGAACGUGCUUUACGAUCUGCCAGAGAAAUAUGGAGGCAUGGACGGGAGCUUCAUGUUCCAAAAUGUGAACGGGGCGUGUAAAGGUCUCAUUACACUGGCGCCAGGUUCUGAUGUGCCGACAAACUCGCAGGGAGAUCUAGCUUGGUACUUCCCGUGCAAUGCCUACAAUCAAGAUGGGUCCAGCAAGCCAAAUGACACGAUCCCCUACUAUCUUGGCUAUGGCUGCCAUACGACGGUCAAUGGCAGAAAGGCUUUCUACAACCUACGCAGUUCUGGAGAAGUAUUCUACACCUGGGAAGAUAUCAAGAAUCAGACUCGAAAUUUGAUGGUUUACUCUGGCAACGUCUUGGACCUGGACCUCCUUGAAUGGUUCAAUACCACUCAAGUCCAAUAUCCGGCCAAGUUUGAUCAAAUUAGAAACAAUCCUGCUGUCAGAGGCGUCGAUGUCACGCACGCUUUCCAGUCUAGCACUGACAAGCAGCUUGGACAGUGUCUAUCACAAAUCAUCAAGGUCGGAUCGAUCGAUACAGCGACAGUGGGCUGUAUUGCGUCAAAGGUCGUUCUCUACGUGUCCCUCGUCUUUAUUCUAUCAAUUGUGAUUGCGAAGUUUGUUCUAGCGCUGUCAUUUCAAUGGUUCUUUAGCAGGCGGUUUGCGGCAUCCAAGACCGAUCUGGAUUCGAAACAGCGGAAUCAGCAGAUAGAGGAUUGGAGCGACGACAUCUACCGUCCUCCCCCAAAGAUGACCGAUUCAGGCGUUGCUCCUUCGGACAAGAGCAACAGACGGAGCAGUGCCUUCCUGCCAACGACCUCACGUUUUACCAGCCCUUACACUUCUGCUGCUCUGUCGAAGAACCGCCCUGCUCCAACCACUAUGGCGAGUCAGAGCUCGACAACUAGAUUGAUUCGACCGACUUCGAUGUACCAACUUGGUGAUGGAAGCGAACUCACCCUACCAAGCUUUGACCCAACAACAAGACAUAGCUACGCGGGCAGCCGCUCAAGUCUAAUGAUGUCCGGGCAGAACCAAAGACUUUCCAGUGUGAUGGCAGAUCUUGACACCACGGGACCUGCAGGCUUCAUACACGAAGCAGUUGUGCCUCAGCCGCCUCCUGAAUGGGAACCCUACGGUUACCCAUUGGCCCAUGCAAUUUGCCUGGUGACGGCCUACUCAGAGGGCUAUGAAGGACUCCGGACUACCCUUGAUUCAAUUGCCAUGACGGAGUAUCCAAACAGCCACAAGGCAAUCUUGGUAGUCUGUGACGGAUUGAUCAAAGGUGAAGGGGAGGAUCUCACCACACCAGAAAUCGCCCUGAGUAUGAUGGGAGACCAUGCAAUUUUGCCAGAAGAGGUUCAAGCCUUCUCGUACGUUGCCGUCGCUAGCGGGUCGAAACGGCACAACAUGGCCAAGGUCUACUCUGGGUUCUACGACUACGGAGAAGGAUCUCGGGUACCGUUGAGCAAACAGCAGCGAGUCCCUAUGAUGGUGGUUGUCAAAUGCGGUACGCCAGACGAAGCCAAGGCUCGCAAGCCCGGAAAUCGUGGUAAAAGAGACAGCCAGAUCAUCUUGAUGUCUUUCCUGCAGAAGGUCAUGUUCGACGAGCGUAUGACUGAGUUGGAAUUCGAAAUGUUCAACGGGCUUUGGAGAGUGACUGGGAUUUCGCCCGACUUCUACGAAAUCGUGCUUAUGGUAGACGCCGAUACGAAAGUCUUCCCAGACAGCCUGACUCACAUGAUCUCUGCAAUGGUCAAGGAUCCGGAAAUUAUGGGUCUCUGUGGAGAAACGAAGAUUGCAAACAAGCGCGCAAGCUGGGUAUCAAUGAUCCAGGUCUUUGAAUAUUUCAUCUCGCAUCACCUUUCGAAAUCGUUUGAAUCCGUGUUCGGAGGUGUCACCUGCUUGCCCGGUUGCUUCUGCAUGUAUAGAAUCAAAGCACCGAAAGGUGGCCAACAUUACUGGGUCCCCAUCCUGGCCAAUCCGGAUGUCGUCGAGCACUACUCAGAGAACGUGGUCGAUACACUGCACAAGAAAAACCUGCUCCUCCUUGGUGAAGAUCGCUACCUCUCAACACUAAUGUUGAAAACCUUCCCCAAGCGAAAACAGGUAUUUGUUCCACAGGCUGUAUGCAAGACCACGGUGCCGGAACAAUUCUCCGUGCUAUUGUCUCAGCGACGACGAUGGAUCAACAGUACUGUCCACAACCUCAUGGAGCUUGUAUUGGUCCGAGAUCUGUGCGGCACUUUCUGCUUCAGUAUGCAAUUCGUCGUUUUCAUCGAGCUUGUCGGUACCUUGGUCCUACCCGCCGCCAUCACUUUUACCUUCUACGUUAUUAUCAUCGCGAUCGUUAGAAAGCCUGUGCCUGUCAUCCCACUUGUACUCUUGGGGUUAAUCUUAGGUCUACCGGCUGUGCUCAUCGUCUUGACCGCACACCGAUGGUCCUACGUUUUGUGGAUGAUGAUCUACCUGCUCUCGCUCCCAAUAUGGAACUUCGUCCUUCCCACUUAUGCCUACUGGAAAUUCGAUGAUUUUAGCUGGGGCGAUACCAGAAAGACAGCUGGUGAGAAGACCAAGAAGGCCGGCAUCGAGUACGAGGGUGAAUUCGACAGCAGCAAGAUUACGAUGAAGAGAUGGGGGGACUUUGAGAAAGAGCGACGAGCAAAAGCUCCAAACUCGAAUUGGUCACAGUCACAGCGACCUAAUUCUGUGGGAUGGCCAUCACAGCAUCGAGAUUACGAGAAGCACCAAGGCUAUGAGCAGUAUUCGGACAUUUAG